AAUAAAACAUCUUUUCAAGAUGAAGAUUGGACUUUGCGCCUACAGCGGGUUUAAAAUAUACCCCGGUCAUGGCAAAACAAUGGUAAAAGUUGAUGGAAAGACAUUUACGUUCCUUAACUCAAAAUGUGAAAGAGCACAUUUAAUGAAGAGGAAUCCACGUAAAGUAACAUGGACUGUUCUUUACAGACGUAAACAUAAAAAGGGUCAAGAGGAGGAGGCCACUAAAAAGAGGACAAGAAGGACUCAAAAAUUCCAAAGAGCUAUUGUAGGAGCCUCUUUAAAUGACAUUAUGGCUAAGAGAAACCAAAGGCCUGAAGUAAGAAAGGCACAGAGAGAGCAAGCUAUCCGUGCUGCAAAAGAACAAAAGAAGAGCACCAAGACCGCUAAAAAGGCCACAGCUCCAGCGAAGGCCAAGCCUGCUGGCAAACAAAAAGCCCAGAAAAAUUUACCAAAAGCUGCUCCCAGGGUAGGAGGAAAACGUUAAUGUUGUUGCGAC